CCUCAGUCAGCCAGUCAGUCUGCGUCUGGACGCUGCAGACACACGAUGGAGAGGCGGAAGCCCUGAUCAUCUUCUGGCUCCAAGGUUAUGGCAAAGCGAGCAACACAAGUCAAGCAUCAAGAUGGAUUACAAAUAUGAUAAUGGAGUAGAACUGCUGCUGGCUCACAUGAAUAUAGAGGACAUCAUCAACGCUACGGAGACUCUGUAUCAGCUUGAAGAAGUGGAGGAGGAGGAGGAGGAAGGAGGCCUGUCAUUUGAAGAAGAAGGGCUCUCCCAUGAGGAGAUGGAUGAGAACGAGGAGGCUGAGGACUCGGGGAGUCACCAGAAGGACUGUGUUGAUGGGGUUGGUGGUGUUCGGUACGGGACGGUGACGGACCUCCUGGCCUUUGUCAACCUGCUCUCCAGCAUGCAGGCAGCAGCCCUGGAGCGCCUGCCUGAGGAGAUGGGAGUCCUGCUGAACAAGAAGUACAUGGUUGCAAAAAAAGGCCGCUACAAGAUCAACAUGGACGUGCUCCUGUUUCCAUGGAAAUUGACCUACAAGAAUCCUGGCCCUGGCCUCGUGCCUAAAGGCUCAUUUGGGAAAGUCCACUUGGCCCAGGACACCGCCACUAGGAAGAGAAUGGCUUGCAAACUGAUCCCCAUGGAGCACUUUAAAGCAGCCGACGUGGAAUUCCAAGCCCGGUUCCACCAUGAUAACAUUGCUGAGCUCUACGGUGCUCUGCUUUACGACCAGAGUGUCCACCUGUUCAUGGAGGCCGGAGAGGGCGGUUCCGUCCUGGAGAAGCUGGACAGCUGUGGGCCCAUGAGGGAGUUCGAAAUCAUAUGGGUGACCCAGCAGGUCCUGCGGGGCCUGGAGUACCUGCACUCGCACAACGUCAUCCACCACGACAUCAAACCUAGUAACAUUGUCCUGAUGUCAAACAAGGCAGUGCUGGUGGACUUUGGCCUGACGGUGCAGAUGACAGAGGACAUGUACAUUCCCAGAGACCUGAGAGGAACAGAGAUGUAUAUGAGUCCAGAGCUGGUUCUGUGUCGAGGACAUAAUACUAAGGCAGACAUCUACAGCCUGGGCACCACCAUCAUUCACAUGCAGACUGGUAGCGCUCCAUGGGUCCGGAGAUACCCGCGCACUGCCUACCCAUCUUACCUCUACAUUAUCCACAAACAGGCCCCACCUCUGGAGGACAUAGCGGAGGACUGCAGUCUGGCCAUGCGCUCCUUCCUGGAGCGCGCCCUGGAGAGGAAUCCUGCUCUGCGCAGCACGGCGUCCGAGCUGCUCAAGGAUGAGGCCAUCAACCCGCCCAAGGAGGAUCAGCCACGCUGCUGGAGCCUUGACUCAGCCCUGGAGGAGGUCACCCACACCAUGCUACGGCAGCAGAACCAGCACCACGACGCCACACAGGAAUCUUCUCUGUACUCUGAGGACUCUGGCCACACAAGGAGAAAGGGCUCCUUGUACAUUGACUUGGGGGCCUUGUCAGGUUACUGUAAACUGGUGACAGGCCCCCCUACUUCAGAAUAUGGCUAGCACUGGACCACAGCUCAUCAGUUGCUUGGCUGAUCUUAAGUUGAAGUCGACUCAUGAUUUACUUUUUAGCUUCAAAGUAUGGCUCACUCUUUGCGGUUGAAGGACUAGUAGUUCAAACAGGUGGACAGCUGCAGGCGACAUGGCUCAUCGAUGAACUGCAACUGUUUACAAGACUCAAGUUAACGCUGCAGGACAGUGGUUGGAAGAGAUGCCUUGUGUAUCAAUGAGAAUGAACUGUUAGCCUUUGGUAUAAUGUUUCAGCGCUUCCAUUGGGGUUCUUGUACAUGCAGUAUUUCAGUGUGGUAGUUAACCCAGUAAUCAAAUGUAUGCUGUUUAUUUUUUCAUGAAACAAUGUCUAAUAAGUUAUUUUAUCAAUAAAAUUAUGUAAGCUAUCCGUUAAACUAUGUGUGCACCAUGCAAACAUGAAUAAUACGUAGUUCUGUAUGGACUGCCUCUUGUUAAUUCCUGUGGAAUACUAAUAGCAUCAUGAUGCAAUGCAAAUGAUGCUUCUAUGGAAUGCAUGUGAUACCUGAUUUAUGUUUUGUACAUCCUGUGAGAUGAGGCCUGCUGUGCUUUUUACUUUUAACAAUUCUGUUACUUCUGUUUUCUUUGGUAUUAAGCAUAGAAACUGCCCAGAGUUUGAAAAUGUGUCAGUCAUUAUGCAAUAACUGCAAUAAAAUGAAAGCCCCA